AUGAGGUGAGCCCAUUCAAGCAAACUUUUCAACAUAAGUCAGGGCUGCCUAUGACAACAUCGCGCCAACACCUCCAGCCCUCAGCGAUCAAAACGACCGAUUGUCGGAAUGCGAGGGAUUCGCCACUUGCAAGGUUUUGGGCGUGGGCAUGGAUCGAAUCAAAAUUGUUCUGCGCAUCAUGUUGUCACGCGUGAGCUGCAUGGGAGGAUUGAUUGAGCUCAUUGUCAUGCUCCUCUACUCUGCCACCUCGCUGAACACCUUUGACCGCCUCUCCCGAGGCAUAGCAGACGAAAUUCGAGGUAGGGGCGACAAAGGCAGGUCAGAAAGCCUUCAUUCUUCGUCGAUUUCCAUCGCACCGCAUCGCCAUUGGAAUUGCAUGGGCCAUUCCGCCCGUUCCGUUUGA